AACACCUUGUGCUGCGGCUAUAAGAACUAAAAUUAAAAUAUGACGAAGGGUAAUCCUAUACAGUAUCCAACCGCUAUACGCUAACUGGCUGCUGCACGGUUCGCAUUAUUAAUAAGGAAAACCUGCCUGCAAUUUUAAUCCUGCUGAUUACAUCCACUACUUCGGAUGUCAUGUAGCUGUACCUACAACAGCCAACUUACAUUCGCGCAUUGUGAGUUCGGUCUUCCCUCCGUGAUGUCGAGAGAAGUUAGGUCUACAGUGCGCAUUAUGCGACCUGGUGUUGUUGCUCUUGUUUUGGCUGGACGGUAUACAGGUCGCAAGGGUAUUGUCAUAAAGAGUUACGAUGACGGUUCGAAGGAGAAACCGUAUGGCCACGCACUUAUUGUCGGAAUCGACCGAUACCCCAGGCGUAUCGUUCGUCGCAUGGGGAAGAAACGAAUGGAAAGUCGGUGCAAAAUAAAACCUUUUGUGAAAAUUAUCAAUUACAAUCAUCUGCUCCCCACAAGACACAUGGUUAAUAUCCCGUUCGAUACCAAGCUUAUAAACAAAAACGCACUGAUGGAUAAGUCACUCCGUCGCAAGGCCCGGUUGGAAGCGAAACUAAAGCUUCAGCAAAGGUAUAAGUCGCGUGAAAAUCCUUGGCUUUUCUCGAAACUGCGGUUCUGAAUUUUGUACUGCAUCGUGGCCCAAUAAACCCAAUAAACGCCGUC